AUGGCAAUUUCAGAAACUUUAGCUAACGUAUUAAUUUAUAUCACUUUAUUUGCAUUUAUGCUUGUUGGAAUUUACGCCGGCAAAACACAAAUAAAAAAUAAAGAUGAUUUUUUAUCGGCUUUGGGUACUCAAUUGGCUUUGCCUCUUGCCGUGAAUUGGUUUGCAUCAAACCUUGGUUCUUCGAUCUUGUUCGCUUACCCGGAAAUAGGAACAAUCGUUGGUAUUCUCGGCGUGAUAUUUUAUGCUUUGACCAGUGUAACUCCUUUGUUUUUAUUUGCAUGGAUUGGUCCAAUCAUGCGUAAAAAAUGUCCAAACGGCUUUACUUUGACUCAGUUUAUUCGUGAACGUUUUGGCAAAUGGAACCAAAUCUAUAUGUCCAUAAUGUCAAUGGCAUACAUGUUUUGUUACAUGAUUAGUGAGCUGUCAUCUAUUGGAAUUGUUUUAAUGACGUUGACUCCAGUCGAUAAAUUAGCACCAAUUAUUUUAUUAGCAGUUACUACUACUCUUUAUACCGCAUAUGGAGGGUUCCGUGCAUCAUUGCUUACCGAUAAUGUGCAAGGUGUUUGUAUAAUGAUACUAAUGCUUAUCGGAACAAUCGGAUUUAGUACGAAUAUAAAAAUCGAUCGUUCAGCUAUAGAAGACUCGGACCUUUUAAAAUCCAACAAACUUAGCUGGGAAUUACUUUAUAUAUUAGCGGUUGCUAUUGCAUUUGCCAAUUUUUUUCAUCAGGGAUACUGGCAACGGGUAUUCAGUUCCAAAAAUGAUCACGAACUCCGGAUAUCAACCGUUUAUGGUGGAAUUAUGUUAUUUAUUGUUCUCUUUUUGGUCGGAUUCACUGGUAUUAUCGCGGUUUGGGCAAAACUUUGCUGUAGCGAUGACUUACCAGGUGCAGGUGCAUUCUUUUACCUGAUUGCGAUACUUCCCGAUUGGGUUGUCGGAAUUGUGGUUGUACUUUCUGUGGCAUUGAGUUGUUCGGCAUAUGACACUUUGCAAAGUGCAAUGGUAUCUACAAUGUCGAAUGACUUAUUUGCUAACAAACUGCCAUUAAUUGCUAUUCGAUCUUUGACUGUCAUUUUAAACGUUCCAGUCGAUGUUCUCCGAGUAUUUCUAAUCGGCGAUCUUGUAGCCGCGGCAGCAAUGCCACCAGUACUAUUAGGACUCGUCGAUGACCUCUAUUUUAUCAACGGGCUUGACGCGUUACUCGGCAGCAUCGGCGGCUUACUCUCUAUCUUUAUUUUCGGUACAAUUUAUUUCGGAAACGCGUACGACGGCAUAAAUCUUAUUCAACUUCCCAAUUCUUUUUAUGUUGAUGAUUACUCGGUUCUUGGCGCGUUUCUUGCUGCUCCUAUUGGUGCCGUAGUUUUGACAUUUGUGUCGUUCGGGGCGAGAAUGGGAACGUUGUAUGUGUGGGCGAAGUAUAAGAAAACUGAAUUUAUGUUCCCAUCACGUCCUGCCGUAAUUGAUACUAACCGAUAUGCUGGGACAGAGUUUAUUAGUUCUGAUAAUGAUAGAAAAAAUAAUGUUCAAACUGAAGCGUAG